CUUAGCAUUUAGUAGCGACAGGAACUUCCGGUCGCUCAGCGCACGUUUUCCUUCCGCUGUAUUGUGAACGACUGAACGACGAACAUUCAAACAACUGAGUCGGUUUUUAGAAAAUACAGACAACAUGAGCAAAGCACACCCCCCAGAGUUGAAGAAAUUCAUGGACAAGAAGCUUUCCUUGAAGUUGAAUGGAGGCAGACAUGUGCAGGGCAUCCUGCGCGGGUUCGACCCCUUCAUGAACCUGGUGGUGGACGACUCUCUGGAGAUGGGCCCAGGUGGACAACAGAACAACAUCGGCAUGGUGGUCAUCAGGGGAAACAGCAUCAUCAUGUUGGAGGCCCUGGAGCGAGUAUGAGAGGAGAAGAGAAUGAUCCACACCUUUUUUACAUUCUGUUAUACUUUUUUGUUUUGAAAGAGGCAAUGCGUUUGUGUGUCUUUGAACUGUAACAUGUGUCAUCUGAUUUCCAUUGAUGAGGAUGUUAUGUUUUGACAUAUUUUGAAUUGCGUGUGAGAUAUUGAUCUUGUGAAUAAACCAGUUUUUCUUUGUAA